GACCACUUUGACCCCUUUCCCAUAUCCCCUCCCUCCUCUCCUUCUCUCUCUGUCCCCCUUUCAGACCCCCUCCCUUCUUGCUCGUCUCGCCGCGUCAUAGUUGUACCUCGCGACCGCCGUCAAGUCCGCACCAAGUGUACAAAACUGGACCUCAGAGAACCAGAGAAAACACUCCAAUAAGCACGGCGCGUUACCGAGAGCAGAAAACUACCAAGGGAAGGGGGAGUGGAGAAUUCGGAGGGCGAACGACCGGUGGAGAUACCCAACAAAUACCGAGCUGACGAUGAGUCGCAGCAUCGUACGACAGAGUAAGUUCCGGCACGUCUUCGGACAGGCGGGGAAGACGGAGCAGGGCUAUGAUGACAUACGCGUUUCCAAGGUGACGUGGGACAGCUCGUUCUGUGCCGUCAACCCAAAGUUCCUGGCCGUCAUUGUGGAGUCCAGCGGGGGCGGAGCCUUCCUCGUCCUGCCCCUCUCUAAGAUGGGUCGUCUGGAUAAGAACCACCCGUUGGUGACUGGCCAUACUGGGCCUGUCCUGGACAUCGACUGGUGCCCUCACAACGACAACAUCCUGGCAUCCUGCUCAGAGGACACCACAGCCAUGGUGUGGCAGAUCCCUGACCAGAUGGGGACCCGGCCCAUAUCAGAGCCCAUCGUGGUCCUGGAGGGACACUCCAAACGUGUCGGCAUUGUCACCUGGCACCCCACCGCACGCAAUAUACUACUCACUGCAGCCUCUAGAUAUGCCACAAGUGAGAGGAUGGCUCCACACGACGGGAUCCGACCGAUGAGGGCCAUCUUUACCAGAGACGGAAACCUGUUCACUACCGGCUUCACCAGGAUGAGUCAGAGAGAGCUGGGCUUGUGGGACCCGGUAAGUUUUGAGGAGCCUAUUGCAACUGCUGGAGUUGGACCACAAGUAAACGGUGUGUUGUUACCUUACUAAGACCCAGACACCAACAUGGGUUUACCUCUGCGGAAUAAGGGGGACAGUAGUAUCCGGUACUUUGAGAUAACAGAGGAACCUCCCUAUGUCCACUACCUCAGUACCUUCAGCAGCAAGGAGCCUCAGAGGGGGAUGGGCUUCAUGCCUAAGAGAGGGGUGGACGUCAGCAAGUGUGAGAUUGCCAGGUUAUAUAAGCUUCAUGACAAGAAGUGUGAGCCCAUCGCCAUGACAGUACCUAGAAAGUCAGACCUGUUUCAGGAUGACCUGUACCCAGACACAGCGGGUUCAGACCCGGCUCUGGAGCCAGAGGAGUGGCUGGAGGGGCGAGACGAGGACCCCAUCCUCCAGUCCUUGAGAGAUGGCUAUGUUCCCCCUAAGAGCCGCGAACUCAAAGUGGCCAAGAAGAACGUUCUGGACUCCAGACCCACCACCAGACGCAGCAUGUCCUCCUGCGACGGAUCAGCCAACCUGCCUGCCUUAUUCUGAUCUUUAGAAAUUCUGACGACUAUUAUUUUCCUGUUGUUUUCCUCUAGCUGCCUGUU